AUGUGCAAUAGGGGUCACAAUACGAACAAUUUAGUAGAAGUAUCAAUAAGAGUUUCAAAGGAUUUGGUACUACAAAGAUGUGAGGCUUUCAACACAGUUUCCUUAGUAGAAUUCAUCUCUUCAUCACUGGAGGACUUCUACAAAAAAAAAUUGUUGCGUUAUGCUAGCUCCAGGGAUAACAAAUUGUUAAUUUAUUUUACGAAAUUUUGCAAAAAAUCGGUUGAUCUUCGUGUUGUGAAAGUGUCUGAAGAUCAGUUUACAGUUACUUCAGCUGCAGAUGAGACAUUUUUGUACCUAGUCAAUACAAAGUUGGAAGUGUGUGACUGUCCAGAAGGGGCAGUAGGGAAAUUUUGCAAGCAUCUGUGCGCUGUAUAUAAUAUUGGUGUGCAGAUGCACAACGUUCGUUAUAUUUUUUUACAAGACAAAAUAGAACUUGCUACGUUAGCACUUGGAAAUACUAUCAGUAUAGUGCCAACUUCUUCAAAGAUGGAUGAAGAAAAAGAUAACGAAAUUACUGUAGAUUUUGGCGAACCCAUGAUGUUGGAAACGGAAGAUGGCCUUAAUGAGACGACUCCUGAUGGAGAAAAUAGUUUUCCGGUUGAAGUGAACGAAACUAAAACUGAUGGAUCAGUAGAACUCAAAGAAUUCAAAGACAACUUAAAAAAGAUCAGCAGCUUCGUGAAAUCUCAUCCAGCACUAUUGCCUAUUGUGGUGACGGAGUUCAAUAGGCAGAUGGAGAAAAUGGACAGCGAAGCUUCGUUCUAUGCUCUAUGUUCCUCGUUUACUAGUCAGAAAAAGUCUCACAGAAUUAAUGUUCAACCUACCUCUAUUGCUAGAAGAACAUCUGCUCACAGAGGUCGCGCGUCGACUCUGGUUCACGAGCAAUGGAGUGGAAGAGAAAGGCGGCUGAUUGAGUACCGUGCUGAGGAAGAAAGGAGCAGGUGUAUCAAAUGUCAGUUUGUAUAG